AGUUAAAACAAACUGUGGUGGCCAUUAUUUGGCUACUAUGACUUUAAGUUUCCCAUGAUCCCUCGCGGUUUUUCAACGCUUUGUUUCAAGAGUUAUAAACUACUCACAAACAACACAGGCGGUCUGUGUAAGAGCAAACUUCCGCUCGCAUUUACAUCGAUAUUGUCGCUAAAUGCUACACUUCGGCACCAUAAUCACACCGUUAUACCGUGAGUGUGAACGUCUGUUGCCUCUCCUCCUUCUUAUACUCGCUUUCGCCAUUUUUAUAUCUGGGCAUUCAGAAGGCUUGCACUCUGGGCUACACGCUGAGAACCUGGUUUCUCUCCCUUGCCCAGGGGAAAGUCCCCGGACCCGUGACAGAAAGUGUCCUGGAGGAAUCCAGCGUCGGCUCGUGUCUCACCCCUGACAAGCAAAGAUGUUCACCUGAACUGAGCUUGAUGAAUGCAAGUUGACUUUGUCAGAGUUGAUAGAAAUGCAAGUAGGCAGUUACCAACGCCGGAACAUAACGGGGCUCAUUCUCUGAAUGCACAUUUUACACGACACAUGAACAGUUACUGCUACACUUAGACAGCAACUAUUUUUAUUCAGCAGUGCUAAUACUACUUGGCUAAGAUAAGAUAAACUAUGCUAUGCUAAGCUACGCUAGCUCCUCCGUCGUGAAUGGAAGCUGAACACAACGGUUACCAAGCAACGCACGUUUCCGGUGGACUUCAGGACACAGUUAGUGAUUGUCUCUCAGAGGGAUACACGCUACAAAGCAGGCGCAGUUUACCAGAGCUUGAGAUGAGAAAUACUUAAUACACACAUUAUCUACCACUUGUGCAUUAUCUUUAUUCUUCUGCAGUAGAUGACGCUAAAUUAUCAGUGCUGGGUAAGCUAGUUUAAAAGCAAAGCUAUGCAAGCUGCCAACAACUUCACCCCGGAAGAAAAAGUUGAACUAAGGUUACAGCAAAGCUACCCUAGGGAGAAAUCUAGUUUGGUUUACUAUAGCUACCCACAGAAAAGGUAGCUCAAAUUACUUAGUAAAGAAAAUGAUCAAAUCGACAAUGUACAUGCAAUACAAAAUUAUAACAAAGUAUAACACAAAAAAGUCAUGCCAGCAAAAAGAUGCUACUCAGUUGAGUUUAUUGUAAACAUAUCCACUUGUUCACAAGUCAUGCAUGAACAAAACCAGUAUAAUAUCCCAGUAUUCAUGGGGAAGUAAAGGAAUGUCAGCUUUGCUUUUGUAUACAAUAUUCAUCAGACACCUGCUUUCCAGAAGUAGCAAUACUUAAUACUUCUGACUAAUUGACUAAUAUAAGUAAAUUUAGCUUUAAGAAUUCUGCUUAAUAAAUGCAUUGCCCACAGUGGUGAGGAUUAAAGAAAAUUGACUUAUGGACUAAAACAGAUUGUAGUUUCAGUAGUUAAUCACAGAAAAAUGACAAAAAAAUAAUUUUACAUGAAUCACUAUGCAAAUAUGAAUGUAGGCCUAGUUGAACUACCAGCAAACUACUGCAAGAUGAUGUUAAACUACUAGUUUAAUUACACACAGUUCUCUUCUCCCCAACACUGCCAGAAAGUGCCAGAAACAAGCUCCCAAUUUAAAACCAGACUGAGACAUAUUUAGGUCGCCAUCUAGUGGCUGAAAAUGUGACAUGCAACUAACUAGGGCUGAGCCAAUGCAAGGCAUACAUUCAGGGAAAUUAACCUGACAGUACAGGCUAUAAUUGUGCAAAUGAAAGCUUAAAACCCUUAAUAAAUAAUAUCACAACUGCUUUUACCCUUCACACAUGAAGCCCUGUGAAUGUUUUAUCAAUGUGAGGGAAACAAUAGGCUGCAUUCUUUGAUAUUUAAACAAUUAAGCAUCUACGAUGCUGUGUUAAAUAAUUAAGACUCCCUAUAAGCUGUCAUAUUUUUAAAAUGCCCCAGCAAAAUAAUUUCUUCAAUUGAUACACUCUUAAAAGAUCAGUUGAAAAGACAAGUGUGUUUCUGUACCUCAGGCACACUCGUGUUUUUAUGGAGCAGUAUGAGCACACUGGCUUUUAAAUGUUGUCUAGGUCUGGCCCUAUUUGAACACCUGGCGACAAUUUUACAUUGUCAAAUGAGCCAGCAUAGUGGAAAUAAAGUGGUGGGAAAAACAUCAUGUGAUGCAGACACAUCAUGUCCCUCAUCAUCCUUAUUCUGCAUUGUGUGCUCUGAGCAUGGCCAGUCAGUGCGUCUCCAUUUUCUCUGCGGUGUCACCUUUCUGCACGACAGAGGGAGAACAAGGACACUUGUUCUCCCAUGUUGACACCACUAGAGGGAGCACCGGCUCUACAGCAUCCUCCCUAAUACUCCCUGACAUGAAAGCACACACAGGCACACAUGGACAUACUGUAUACUACUGGAUUAGGCAGCACACAAACAGAUUACAGCGUCACAUGGCGGCCCCUCCAAAUGGUGCCUGCCAGUAACCUACUUCCCCCUCUGAGCUAUCCCAUCAUUCAUUUGGAGUGGGUGUAUAGGCUCACGCAGCAACAGAAGCAGCAGCAUCACAAAGGUUCAGCUCCUCCCUGCUGUAUCCUGGAGAGACGUAGGGAGGGAGGGAGAGACAGUGAGAGGAUCAGGGUCAGAUGAAUUCCAGUCUGAGUGACGAAGGCAGUGUGUGCAAAUGAGGAGGAGAGUGUGUGUGCAUGUGUGUGAGAGCGGACGAAUCAGGGAGGGCUAGAGGGAGAGUUGCAGGGGGGGUGGGGGGAUUGUGCAAGUGUGAAGGAGACAGGAGAGGAAAUCCAGGCAAGAGGAGGAAGGGGACAUAAAGGGAGGAAGGAAAAGGGGGGAAAGGAGGAAAAAGACAAGACAAGGGGACCCAGAUUAAGAGGGAAGAUGGCUGAGCCGCAGCUGAAAUCACGGAGCAGCCGGGAGAGCGUUGCCAAGGCGGCGAGCCAGGAGAAGAUGGGGGCAGCUGAGGCAGACCAAGAUGGUCUGAUAGUAGAGCAGCCGGCAUCUCCAUCCACCCCCAUGGUCUCCGCACCCACUGACACUAGCCCCACUGCUGGCACGCCUGCCAAAGGGGAGAAAAUCGAGCUCAAGCGCAGCAUCACCCUCUUCAACGGGGUGGGAAUGAUCAUAGGCACCAUCAUCGGCUCUGGCAUUUUCGUCACCCCAACAGGUGUGGUCAAAGAGACCGGCUCAGCUGGGCUCUCCCUGAUCGUCUGGUCUGCCUGUGGAGUGAUCUCCACCAUGGGUGCCCUGUGCUAUGCUGAGCUGGGCACGACCAUCACCAAGUCGGGGGGAGACUACACUUAUAUCCUGGAGGUGUACGGCGAACUGGCGGCUUUUCUAAAGCUGUGGGUAGAGAUGCUCAUCAUCCGGCCGUCAUCGCAGUAUGUGGUGUCGCUGGUGUUCGCUACCUACCUUCUGAAACCUCUCUACCCAAACUGCAGCGUGCCCGACAGCGCCGCCAAGCUCAUUGCCUGCUUGUGUCUUACCUCCCUGACAUUUGUAAACUGCAUCAGUGUGAGAGCAGCCACGAAAGUGCAAGACUUGUUCACGGCCUCCAAAUUGUUUGCUCUGGUCAUCAUCAUCCUCUUUGGCUUCAUCCAGAUUUUCACAGGUGAUGUGCCGUACCUGACGCCAGAGAAGGCAUUUGAAGGCAGUAAAAUGGGAGUGGACAAUAUCGUCUUGGCUCUGUACAGUGGUCUCUUUGCUUUUGGAGGCUGGAAUUACCUGAAUUAUGUGACGGAGGAGAUGAUCAAUCCAGAGAGGAACCUGCCCUUGUCCAUCAUCAUAUCCAUGCCUAUAGUGACAGUGGUGUACGUUUUGACCAACCUGGCCUACUUCACCACCAUCUCCCCUGAAGUCAUGGUCGAGUCGGAGGCCGUUGCCGUGAGUUUUGGGGAGUAUCAUCUGGGUGUGAUGUCCUGGCUGAUUCCUGUCUUUGUGGGACUGUCCUGCUUUGGAGCCGUCAAUGGAUCCCUGUUCACCUCAGCACGAUUGUUCUAUGCUGGAGCCCGAGAGGGUCAACUCCCUGCUGCUCUGGGUUUGGUCCACACAGACCUCUUCACACCGGUGCCAUCCCUCAUCUUCACAUGUUUACUGUCCAUGAUGUACGCCAUCUCUCAGGACAUCUUCUCUGUCAUCAAUCUCUUCAGCUUCUUCACCUGGCUGUGUGUUGGCAUGGCCAUUGCUGGCAUGCUCUGGCUGCGCUUUACCAAGCCCGACCUGAAAAGGCCAAUCAAGGUGUAUCUGUUCAUCCCUGUGACUUUUGUUUUGGGCUGCGUCUUCAUGAUCGUGGUGUCCUUCUGGGCAGCUCCGUUUGAGUGCCUGGUCGGCUGCAGCAUUAUUCUCACAGGCAUCCCGGCGUACCUACUGGGCUACAAGUGGAAGAAACCCCAUGUGGUCAAGAAGAUGCUGGAAAUCUUCACCAUGUUCUGUCAGAAGAUCUUCUUGUCUGUCCCCGAGGAGAAGGAUCGGCGUGAGGCGGCUGAAUAACUCUGGACUCACACAACAAGAUGAAGGACUGUGUCAAUAUUUUCCGUCUGAACAUUCUCGAUAUGUUUACAUUCAUUCACUUGUGAUUUGGCAUUUUGUGAUUUGGCUUUAACUAACAUGGUAACUGUGGAACAAAUUGGUGUUGAUGAGGGCGGCCUGGCAAUCUUGGUAAAGAAGGGUUUUUGUAUGCUCUUGUGGACAAAGGCGUAAUUUGUGAACACUACAAAAUGUUUCAAAUUUGAAAAUCGUAGUCGGGUUUUGACAUUUUCCACUGCUUUUAUUCUUCAUUUGACAAUUACAUUUCCUUUAAUAGUAGAACAUGCUUUCAUGUGAGUAAAUGGAAAGUCUUAAAAUGUGAUUAGGGGAGAACGGGGUUGGUUGUCACAUUCAUUAGAGCUCGCUCCUUAGAGGGCGUUGUUAAAAAUGAUUGGUAUGCCUACUGAAAUUUUCUGAAUUGGGGUCAGAGGUCACCUACAGGGUCACUUCGGGAGCAAUGCACAUGCCAUGGAGGUGAGAGGACUUUAGGGUUUAUAAUAACACAAUUAUUAUGAUUAAAAAGUACAAAGGGAGAGGUAUAGAUGGGUUUUUCUUAGCUAGGAUGCAACAUAUGGUUGUUAGCUUAGUUGCUAGCAAACAACCUCAGUUUGGGAGGCUUGUCACAUUCUUACUGGGGUUGGUUGUCACAUGUAUUGUUCUUUAUAUUGUUCCAUAAGGAUGAAACAGGCACUUUUAGAGGUGAUUUUUCCUGUUAAUGUUCUUUCGUCGCAGGAAAUUUGUUAGGUUGUUGCAUUUCAAUGAAAAAAAAUCAAUGAAUUUCAGCUUUUUAGAUUCAUAAAAUUAAGAUUGCGUCCAUUUUUUCCUUGUUAAAAUAGUAUAUGGACGACCAAACCAACCAUGGUGUAUGACAACGAGCCCCACAUAGGGGAUUGUUGUCAGAAGUGCACAAGACGUAUUUGACAGCUGUUUUGAAUAGAGUAAGUUUAAAGAGAGUAAGUAAACUCCAUUUCUACCUGACACCUUAUUCUUCAAUUACACAUUAAAAGGGACUUCAAUAAGAACACAGUCUUAAAGGGAUUCAAAUGAAACUAAAAAGCAUGACAACAAACCCCAUUCUCCCCACAUUGUUGCAGAUACAUAAUUAAUUGUGUGAUACCAACACGUUAGAAGCUGCAUACGACACCCUCUAGUGGCCUAAAAUACACACUUUUUUUUUUUUUUUUUUUUUUUACUUAAAGUGUACAAAUGAGUAUCUUAGCGAGACGAGAUUAACUCUAACAACCAAACUAUACAUAGAUUAUUUAUAGUUUACAGUUUUAUAGAAAAUGAAAGCUAAUAACUUACAGUUAAUGGUGUAUGGACUAAUCUUAGGUGACCACAGACCUCACAUACUGUAAGAAACAAUCACUGACAGUGUACAGUGUAUAAAUACGGUCAGGGUUGGAAGAGGAAAUGGUUAACUAGUGUAGCAUAACACUCAUUACAUCAUACUCACACGCUACUAAUAUUUGUGUUGAAUAUAUGUUGUUUUUUUGUAUUCAGUUGUAAAAUGGAUCCACAGCGCUAUCUGAAAGCACAAGCUAAAGUGAGAUAAAACAGUGUCUGUCAUGUUUACUGAAGAUGUGUCGCUGUGAAGCAGUUUCUUGUGUCAUUUUAAUCUCACGUCUAACCAUGUCAGAGUCAGCGUUCCAUGUGUGAUGAUAUUUAAUGAAAUGGCAGUGGAUACCAGCAGCUGUAUCUGAGGCAUUAUUGUAAGAAGCUGAAGACCUGCAUAGAUGUCCUUCUGGUUGUAUUUAGACAACUCCAUCCUAGUGUUAGUGUUUUGUACUGCUUGUAUAUCUAUAAUCUGUGCCAGCCAUGCCAGUGCUGAUAUUCCAGCUGUUUUUUGUUUCAUUGUCACUAUAAGACCAGAAUGAAUGUUGCUGUUCAGUGACAUAAACUUUGCUUUAUGAUUUUACCUAUAAAAUCUUUGAAACUGAACAUCUGAGUUUUUGUAAGCACUUUCCCAGUCUACUCAUGAUCACAGAGGAAAAAAGGAGGGUGUGUUGGUCGUAAAAGGUUUCUAGAUUUUGCACAGAACAGAGAGACAGUCCCUAAACAUCAACCACUGGUUAGUGGAUUAUCAUCCUCUACAGUCCAGUUUUGCAGGACACUGCCGAAUCCAGUGGUGCCCCCAUAAAGUCUUCAUAGGGGUGGCCAGAUUGGGCUACUAAACAUCUUGAACCAUUCCUAAUACGAACUCUGACAAUGUCUGGACCUGUCUACAGAAUCAGGUCCAGACAUUGUCCGCAGUUUCCUUUUCACACAUGCAGCACACAACAGGAGAUUGUCUGUCUGUGUCACAAAUGUCCUCACCUCCUACUUGAAAUACUCUGUUUGGUUUAGUCAAGGGAUGGUGUCUGGGUAGAGUGUGCAGGAGGAAGGACAUGCCACGGAUUACACGGCGGUCACGUAGCUGGUUUGUAAUUUGGUCAUAAAAAACAGAACCUCUGGUUGUUCCUGUAAAUUGGUAAAUUGAUUUCGUCUUUAGCCCUUAAGUGCUUGAAUAUCCGGUUCGACAUUUAUGCUGCCAUCCUCUUCUUUACCUUUGAAUGUUUGUUUUCCUCCAGUUUCGCCUGAGCAGCAGGAUAGAAAUAUCAUCAAUAUGCCCACUUACUCGGUGACAGACAAUGACCUGCUCUAUUCACACAUGGGCUCCAUCGGACAUUACACAGACUUUGUAUAAGGAGCUGGCAGAGUAAAAUCUGUUUAUUAUCCUAUUCAUCCUAUUCACAUACAGCUUCUGUGGGUGAUGUCUAAAUAAUUUCAGGUUUGCAUUGCAUGUGUGAAAAGUGGUUUGGGGUGGCACCAAAACCAAAAUCCUUAACUGAAUUUCAGGAAUUCUAUUAUGCUGUUGUAAUAUAACGGCUAGUUGAAGAAUCUUAUACUGAUAUACCACGGUUUCUGAUUUUACAGUUAAUGUAACUAAUUAUCUCAUGUGCACAGACUAAUACCUGUACGGUUAACAUUUUAACUUCCACAAAAAUCUUGUUAUGUAUCUCUACAUGCAUGAGCUAGGCGAUUCAUUGUUCUUCAGAUAGGCUGGUUGUCCUUUUCCUUAAUAGACAAAUAUACAGCUUUAAUUUGAAGGAGUACAUUGAUUGUAAGGAACAAAACUUUCACUGGGAACAAGUCUAAUUGAGUUUAAAAACACUGCGCAGAGGCCUUCAAUUAUUUUUGUGAGGGGGCCUCCCCUUGGCAGCGCCACUGGCCCAAUCAACUGGAAAUGCAUACACUGAAGUGGCUAAAAAAGCAUAUUGGUUGGAGAUACAAAACAGAAAAAUGAGUGAAUGGAAAUCUGACCAAGGCACCACAACAAACUGGACAAUGACCAUUAGAAUCUUAAAAAUAACCACCAUGGAAAUAAACACACACGCAAAGAGAGGAUAGCGCAUGUGUAAUUAAACCCCAAACCCAACAACCCCCUUAAGAACUGAAUGUUUACACCAGAUUUUAAGAAAAAAGAAUCUGAUAUGAAAGUUUAUAACAAACGUUUGAAUAUAAUGCACCUUUUCCACGCCAUGAGUUACACAUCUGCAGCAGUCAGAUGGCUGCAUGCACAACACUAACAGCAGAAUGAUUGAUGAAAGAAUUCAGUAUGUGCCCUUUUCUUAAUUAAUCUGAUUAAAUGAAAACAGAGGGUGUCAAAAACACACACAUUAAAUCAUUUAUUGACUAUAAAGAUAAAUGAUUUCUGCAGACCCCAUCAUAUAUUUCAUGUUACGCACAACAUAUUGUAUCUCUGUGUACAAAGUGUUACUGUGUGUAUGACUGAUAAUGCCUUUAAUGGUAUUUGCCUAAUGAAAAUGUUAUAGAGAAAAAAAAACUCUAUUAGCAUAUUUUUAAUCUUGGAAAUCGAAAGUACCUAUGUGUCAGUUAUUGUGACUCUUGUAUGUCAGUGACCAU